CAAGCGAGCGAGCAGAGAGCUGUUCGGCUGGAAGAGCGGAGCAAUGCCUAAGUCAAAGGAACUUGUUUCUUCAAGCUCUUCCGGCAGUGAUUCUGACAGUGAGGUUGACAAAAAGUUAAAGCGGAAAAAGCAGGUUACUCCAGAAAAACCUGUAAAGAAGCAAAAGACCGGUGAGACUUCAAGAGCCCUGUCAUCCUCUAAGCAGAGUAGCAGCAGCAGAGAUGAUAACAUGUUUCAGAUUGGGAAAAUGAGGUAUGUCAGUGUUCGAGACUUUAAAGGGAAAGUCCUAAUUGAUAUUAGAGAAUAUUGGAUGGAUCCGGAAGGUGAAAUGAAACCAGGAAGAAAAGGUAUUUCUUUAAAUCCUGAGCAAUGGAGCCAGCUGAAGGAACAGAUUUCUGACAUUGAUGAUGCAGUAAGAAAACUGUAAAAUCAGAGCCAUAUAAAACCUGUACUGUUCUAGUUGUUUUAAUCUGUCUUUUUACAUUGGCUUUUGUUUUCUAAACGUUGUUUUCCAAGCUAUUGUAUAUUUGGAUUGCAGAACAAUUUGUAAGAUGAAUAUGUUUUUUUUUAAUGUGCAUUAUUAAAAAUGUUCUGAGUGAAGCUAAUUGUCAACUUUAUUAAGGAGGAUUGCUUUGUGCCCGCCACCUAGUGUAAAAUAAAAUCAAGUAAUACAAUC